AUGUUAACCUCAGGCCUUGGAGGCCAUACCUGGCAGGUGAAGAAGGAGGCUGAGGAAGAGGAUCCUCUGGACCAGCUAAUCUCCCACUCAGGCUGUGCUGCCUCCCAUUAUGCUGUGCAGGAGUGCAUGGCCCAGCAUCAGGAUUGGCGGCAGUGCCAGUCACAGGUGAAGGCCUUCAGGGAUUGCAUGGGUAAGCAGCAGGCAAGGCGGCGGGAGGAGCUACAGAGGGAAAAAGAGCAAGCCAGUGCUCACUGCUGA